AUGAGUGAUAGCAAGUCUGUUUCAACACCAUUGUGUCCCAAUACCAAACUGUCACUUGAUUGUACUUCAAAAGCAGUUCCAUCCACACUUUACAGGUCUAUCAUUGGCAGUCUACUAUAUCUCACAGCUUCAAGACCUGAUAUAAUGUACUCAGUGGGAUUGGUAGCUAGAUUCCAAAGUAAUCCAAAAAUGUCUCAUCUCCAAGUUACCAAACGCAUUCUCAGAUAUGUUAAGGGCACAAUCUCUUAUGGUCUACGUUACAUUUUUUCACCAACAAUGUCUAUAGCUGCCUUUUCAGAUGCUGAUUGGGGUGGAUCCUUACCUGACAGAAAGAGUACUUCUGGUUGCUGUUAUAUUCUUGGUUCUAAUGUAGUCUCCUGGGUCAGUAAAAAACAAGAAACAGUUUUUCUAUCUACUUCAAAAGCUGAGUACAUAGCUACUUCUCAAGCUAGUUCUCAAUUACUUUGGAUGCAGUCUACCCUGACAGAUCUUGGACUCCACUUCUCCAUACCUCCCAAGCUUUUUUUAUGA